GCUACAUGCACGAGCUGGAGAAAGUCGACAGACGCCCGGCCGACGGUAUAGGGCUAAUUUCGGCUCAGCCAACCAGAACUGGAAGAAUUACAGCAGCAGCUGGAUUACCUUCUGACGAAAGGAUUUAUCCGGCACAGCACGUCACCAUACGCCGCCUCGAUACUAUUCACGCCGAAGAAGGAUGGAGGAUUCAGAAUGUGUAUCGACUACCGCACGCUCAACCGGAUCACCAUCAAGUCGCGUUACCCAAUCCCGCGAGCCGACGAACUUCUCGACCAACUUCGCGGCGCCCAAUUCGCGUCACCGCCGAAGAUUGUCACAAGACGGCAUUUCGAACCCAUUAUGGCAGCUACGAGGUGAUGCCUUUUGGCCUCACGAACGCGCCCUCGACCUUCCAAAUGAUCAUGAAUGGAAUUUUUCGGGGACUCUUGGACAAAUGCAUCAUCAUCUACCUCGACGACAUAGUAAUCUACAGCCGCAACAAGGAGCAGUACUUAAAGGAUCUUGAUGCAGUCUUCACGCUACUGCACAAGAAUCGCCUCAUCACCAAAGGGUCUAAGUGUGACUUUCUUAAACAGGAGUUGGAAUUUCUGGGCCACAUCAUCUCUACCGAAGAAGUGAAAAUCGACCCCAAGAAAAUCAAGACCAUCCAGGAGUGGAAGCCGCCGAGCAACAUCAAGGAGCUGCAGAGUUUUAUGGGUUUUGUCAAUUACUUCCGCCAGUUUAUACCCAAUAUGGCUGGGUUAUCUGCCCCGCUAACUGACCGCCUCAAGGAUAAUGAUUGUUUUUGGUGGGGAGAGAAGCAACGAGCUGCAUUUGACCAACUGAAGAUCGCCCUCACGUCGCCGCCCGUCCUUCGCAUCUCCAAUCCUGACCGUCCAUACAAAGUCAUCUCCAACGCCAGCGACAUCGCCAUCGGUGUAGUUCUACUACAGGAUUUCGCCUACGAAUCACGGAAGUUAUAGGGUGCAGAGAAAAAUUAUACAGUAC